GAAAUAUAUAAACUAUAUUUCAUCAUCUGGAGUAGCCAAUGUAGCCAAAAGUGCAUCAUCUUUUACGUCACAUUGAAAAGCCUUCCAUUUCCUUUUCAAUCAGGAGGAGUAGCCUUUCUAUAUUCCCCUGAAUAUAAUCACUUCCUUUUCCCUUCCCUUUAUUCCUCUGCUAUUCUCUAUAUAGUCCUUUCUACCUUACAACCAGGCCAUGAAUGAAAGCAUGCACAAGUGAGCAUUGCUAGUCUCACCUUCUUCUCCGCUCUCUCAAAUCACAAUUCUGUUGAGUUUUCUAAUCAAUUUUCAUAGACACUUAUGCUGUUUCGUUAAGACAUGUGGCCUACAUUAGUGGCUAAUAAGAUACUCAAAAAGCGAUUAGGAAGCAACAACUUCAUAGCAGAUUAUCCUAGAUAUGAAGAACCCUUGUUGGGUAUUGCAGACAUUGAUCAUAGCUCAAAAACAGUUCUCAAUGAUCACAAGGACACACAAAAAUACAAGGUAUUUGUCAGCACAUGGAACGUUGGUGGAGUUGCACCAGAUGAAGAUUUGAAUAUAGAUGAUUUGUUGGAGACAGAUAACCACUCUUGUGACAUCUAUAUACUUGGGUUUCAAGAAGUGGUUCCUCUAAAAGCCUCAAAUGUGUUUGGAUCUGAAAAUAAUAAGAUUUCUACAAACUGGAAUUCCAUAGUCAGGGAAGCUCUGAACAAGAGAACACACAAGAAGGACAAAGAUCAAGGUGAUGUUAAAAACCAGGAGAUAAAGAAUAUUUGUCCUUAUGAAGAAGAAGGCCCACAAGAUUUCCAAUGUAUCAUUAGCAAGCAAAUGGUUGGAAUAUUCAUAACUGUGUGGACAAGGAGAGAUCUUCGUGCAUUCAUUAGGCAUCCAAGUGUCUCAUGUGUUGGUUGUGGCAUAAUGGGAUGCUUAGGAAACAAGCAGGGUUCAGUUUCAGUGAGGUUUCAGUUACAUGAAACAAGCUUCUGCUUUGUGUGCAGCCAUCUAGCUUCAGGGGGCAGAGAAGGGGAUGAGAAAUGUAGGAACUCUAAUGUUGCUGAAAUCUUUUCAAGGACCACAUUUCCUAGAGGCCCUUUAUUUGAUUUGCCAAGAACAAUUCUAGAUCAUGAUCAUGUAAUAUUGCUUGGAGAUUUAAAUUAUAGAAUUUCUCUACCAGAAGAAACAACACGCUCACUUGUUGAAACAAGGGACUGGGAUUCCUUAUUAGAAAAUGAUCAGCUAAUGAUGGAGCUAAUGGCCGGAAAAAUAUUAAAAGGAUGGCACGAAGGAGUAAUCAAAUUUGCUCCUACCUACAAGUAUUUUCCAAAUUCAGACAUGUACUAUGGCUGUUUUUGUCAUGGAAAAAAGCCAGAGAAGAGGAGAGCACCAGCAUGGUGUGAUCGAAUAGUAUGGUACGGGAAGGGUUUAAAGCAACUUCAGUAUGCUAGAAGUGAAUCAAAACUAUCAGAUCACAGGCCUGUUAAAGCAGUGUUUUCAGCAGAAGUCAGGGUUUUACCAGAGUUGACAAGGGUGCAAAGCUUGUUUCUAUCAGAAAGAUUCGAGCAAAUUGAAUCUCCUUUUGAAGUUUCCACCACUGAUGAAUUUGUAUUUAGGAAAAAAACAUCAAGCUUCCGGUUGUAAAUAUUAGUGUAAUUAUGAACAUAAACGUUUAAUUUACAUUGCAAAAAGACAACUACUAGAGAACUUCAGGGGAAUGAAAGUGGAAAACUUCUUGGACAUGACAUAUUGUUAGGACCGAUGACCCAAUAGCAGGCCCAAGGGAAUCACUUGUUCAAGAGGGGAGUGGAACCAAGAUAUGGAGAGUAUAUUCUAGAAAGGGGUAAAGGGGGAAAUAGAGCUAAGGGAUAACUAACUAACAGCCAGCUGUUGAGAGAGAGGGUGAGAGCUGAUUGUAAUCCCAGAGUAUAAGGGACGUUGAGAAAGGUGGAGAGGGCAUCUUGUGUAAUCUAGUGCAUAGAAAUGAAUAGGAAGCUUUGAGCUUCCUAUAAGAGCUUAGCUCUGGUCAAAUUCAGGAGAUAUUACUCCCUUUCUGUAGUUCCCAAACCCAUUAAUAAGCAAUCGAAUACAUUUUCAGUUCAA